AUGAUGCUCAGAGAAGUAAAACCCAAGAACCCGCGCACGGCGCGCCUUCUGAAGGCCAAAGAGCCUCAACUCAUCGAACCUCCCAAGAAGACUCUUUUGAUGCACGGCUCGAAAUGUCCGAUGCCCCUGCACACCGUCCUCAAGACCUUCCACUCCCUGACCCGGCCGCACUCCGUCCUGUUCCACAAGAAGAAUGAGAACAUCCACCCGUUCGAGGGCACCGAGAACCUCGAGUUUCUGGCCAACAAGAACGAGUGCGGUAUGGUCGUGUUCGGCAGCAGCAACAAGAAGCGUCCCAACUGCGUGACCCUGGCCCGCAUGUUCGAUUCCAAGCUCCUCGACAUGUGCGAGCUGAUGCUCCUCCCUAACCCCGACGGCGAGGAUAUCCCCGCCAUGAACAACCUUACGAUGCAUGUCGGCGUCGGGCUACGACCCCUGAUGCUGUUCUCCGGCAGUGCCUGGGAUGAUUCUACGUCGACGGCGCACGUCCUGCUCAAGAGUAUGUUUGUGGAUAUGUUCAAGGGCGAGACCUCGGAUAAGAUCGACGUUGAGGGACUGCAGUAUGCCCUGAUGCUGGGUGCCGAUGAGCCUACCGACGGCCUGGCUCCCGUCAUUCACCUGCGCUGGUACAAAAUCCGGACGAAGCGCAGCGGACACAAGCUGCCCCGCGUGGAGCUGGACGAGAUAGGCCCCAAGUUCGAUUUCAAGGUGGGCCGCGUCCAGGAGGCGCCGCGGGACGCCAUGAAGGAGGCCCUGAAGCAGGGCAAGCGACCCAACGAGGAGAUCAAGUUGAAGAAGAACAUCGGUCUGGACUCCAUCGGUGACAAGAUCGGUCGGGUGCACUUGGCCAAGCAGGAUCUGGGUGACUUGCAGACGAGGAAGAUGAAGGGUCUGAAGCGACGGGCUGGUAUGGAAUCUGACGAGGAGCAAGGGGACGAUGAUAUGAUGGAUGUGGAUGAGAUCUCGGAGGAUGAGGGCCACAAGAGGGCCAAGGUAGCAUAA